GGAUAGAACAAUAACUGAACUAAAGGAAUCAUUGAAAAAAAUGGAUAAGAGAUGAUAUACUGGAAGCUUUACAUGAAUUACCUACUGGACAAUAUACAAUGAAUAAUGAUGAAGAAUAUGAUAUUAAUGUAAAAGAAUUAAGUGAUGAAGUUGAGGCUCAAAUCGAAACUGAAAACAAAGAAAUACAAACAACACAAACAACUCUUGACAAAGAAAUUCAGUUCAACUAUCUUGUACCAUCACAAGAUAAUUUGGAAGGUCUGAGUGAGUCCCAAAUAGCAGGGAAGAAGUUGUUCUUAGUUCAAGGAGACAAAUCUCAACUGAUGAACUGGGAGGAAUAUGGACUAAGGAUUAGUGUACCAGAGGAUAGUCUGUCAGCAUCAGAGACUGUAGAAGUAUCAGUACUAGCUCUUGUAGGAGGACACUUCAA